UUGUCGUCUGUGGAUCACAUUUGGGUUUUGAUUUGAGGUUAACUUUUUAGCGUUGUUUCAAAAUUCAAAGUCGUUUCAUGUACAUCGUGCAGAAACUUAUUAUUAAAACAACAUAAUUUAUUUACAAGUACAUAAAUAAGGAUCCCUAAAUCCGUAUCAAAUCUCACGUACCAACAAUCAAAUUUUACUGUAAAGUUGUAAUUCUCUUCGCAGUAUUAUUACUUUCCUCAGUGACGCGAGUAAUCGCCGAGAGGUUCGAAGAUUCCGAAUCGUCUUUCUUAUCAAAAAAGCAAUAAUGGCUGAAAACGAUGCAGUGAAUCCUAAAGCUUACCCUCUGGCUGAUGCUUCUUUGACAGCCAAGAUACUGAACUUGGUUCAGCAAGCUGCCAAUUACAAGCAGCUUCGUAAAGGAGCCAAUGAGGCAACUAAGACUCUGAACAGAGGCCUCUCUGAGUUUAUCAUAAUGGCUGCAGAUGCUGAACCUUUGGAGAUUGUGUUACACAUUCCCAUAUUGUGUGAAGACAAGAAUGUGCCAUAUGUCUUUGUUAGGUCAAAACAAGCUCUGGGCAGAGCCUGUGGGGUGUCCAGGCCCAUUGUUGCUUGUUCCAUUACUAUAAAUGAAGGGUCACAGUUGAAACCUCAGAUUACAAGUAUUCAACAAGAAAUUGAAAGACUUUUAGUGUAAGUGAUAAAUGACUUUCCAAGUGUUAUUUUUAUAAAUACAUUCUGUAUUAACAGAA